GCGCCAAACCCUAACCCUAAAGGGCUUGCCGUCGUCGACUCUGCUGCCAUGGCCAAGAAGCGAAAGCUCACGCCUUCCUCUGCCGUCAAAGCGCCCGCGCCCGUCGUAGAACCCAAGGAGGAGCCCGUCCAAGAAGAGUCCGGCCCGGAUGUUCCGAUCGAUGAGUCCCAGGAGGAACGAACCCCGACCGGAGCCGAUGCGAACCCUCCGGUCCAUGAGAACGCCCAAUCCGACGCGGCCUCUGAAGACCUUGGUGGCGCCUCCGCCGGGGGCGUCGGUGUCGGCAACGACGCGGAGGAGGUGGUGGAGAACGAUCCGACCUCGAUCCAGAAGCUCCUCGAGCCAUUCCCCAGGGACCACCUGGUCGAGCUCCUUCGCGACGCCGCUGUGAGGCACCCGGACGUGCUGGCGGAGAUCCACCGCAUCGCCGACCUGGACCCUGCCCACCGCAAGAUUUUCGUCCAUGGCCUCGGUUGGGACACCAACGCAGAGACGCUCACCGCCGCCUUUCGCCAAUAUGGCGAGAUCGAGGACUGCAACGCGGUCAUGGACAAGGCGACCGGCAAGUCCAAGGGUUAUGGCUUCAUCCUCUUUAAGCACCGUGCCGGCGCCCGCCGCGCCCUCGAGCAGCCUCAGAAGAAGAUCGGCAACCGCGUGACCGCGUGCCAGCUCGCGUCCGCUGGUCCUGUGCCACCACCAGCACCGCCGGUGUCGGAGUACACCCAGAGGAAGAUUUUUGUCAGCAACGUUGGGGCGGAGAUCGAUCCCCAGAAGCUGUUACAGUUCUUUGCCAAGUUUGGGGAGAUCGAGGAGGGGCCACUAGGGUUGGAUAAGCUGACCGGGAAGCCCAAGGGGUUUGCUUUAUUUGUUUACAAGACGAUUGAGAGUGCAAAGAAAGCAUUGGAGGAGCCCCACAAGAAUUUCGAUGGUCACAUUCUGCAUUGCCAGAAGGCAAUCGAUGGACCGAAGCCAAACAAGCUGGGGUUCCAGUUUCAGGCUACAGCGGCUCACCAUGGUGGCUUGCAUCAGGUUGCUGGUGGACUGCUUGGUUCACACUUUUCGAGGACUGACAAGCCCGGGUAUUUGGGAGGUGUCGGUAGUCAUCUGUCUAGUGCCUCAGGUGCUGGGCACCUGAUGGCCCCUUCAGCGAGUGGAUUGGGUUUCAACCAGGCUUCUCAACCAGCUGCUGCUGCAGUGGCUGCAGCAGCAGGGUUGAAUCCUGCAUUGGGGCAGGCUCUGACUGCAUUCCUUGCGACUCAAGGAGCUGGUUUGGGCUUGACGAACCUUGUGGCAGGAUCAGUCGUGAACCAGGGAGUUCCUGGAUCAUUGGCAAACAGCUCUGGGCAUGGAUUGAACAGUGGUUAUGGUGGUGGCCUUGGGGGAAACAUUAAUACGGGGGUGAUCGGAGGAUAUGGCUCACAGGCACAUACGCAGGGUGGAUAUGGGAAUGCUUCGAUUGGACAGGGAGGCGCUGGAAGGAACCAAACAGGAUUUGGGCAAAUGGGUGGCCUAGGCCCUUACCUGGGUCGUUAGUUAAGUGCAGGGUGCUGUCUUUCAUCUUUAACCCCAUUUGUUAGAAAUUAAACCAGAUUUUCCCAAGAUUAGAUGAGGCUGUUGGUCGAUUUGUGGCAUCAUUGGAGUAUUGGUUGUUGUUGGGAGUUGAUCUUCUAUGGGCCAUGCCACAGUUUGAAAUUUGCGGUGGCAUAAAACAAAUGUUCACUUUUCCUUUUGAAACUAGUAUUAAUGGCUAAUUAUUAUUUACUGAAAAUGUUUAUAACAUAAUGGGGAAUUCCUUUACAGCAAGAAUUUUCUACAGUGCGUGAAGCAUGCAGGUUAUGUAAAUUGCUUGGCCAUUCUCAAGUUGGUGAUAGAGAUGAUGCAUGCGUCAAGGUAAAAGGGAAAAAUGUGUUCUUUAAUAUGCAUGGUUAGUCAUUAUGUGGGGAUGAUGAGAUAUAUGACUGAUCUGUUCGUUCUUGAUUAAUGCUAUUUAUCAAAUUUGGCUGUCGGCAGUGAGAUAAUUAUUUCAAAAGAUAUGAUUGAAUCCAAAUUUGUGAGGAUGAAACAGGACUUGAUA